UGGCUGGUUUGUGGCUGUUGUGUCUGGCUAACCGUUCGACUGUUUCCGCAACGCAAAGUUCGCGAAGCGAUUCAAAAUUCCCGAGUGUCAAAAUCCCCCGUGGACAAACUGGGCAAACGGCGCCGACAACGGGACAUCAAAAGCAUCAGAACUUUGGGGAGCCAUGAGCGAGCAAAGUGAAAUGGGCGACUGCUUCUUAUGGACAGAUCACGACGCGAACGCUAGGGAGGCCGUGCUAGGCUACGCCAGGUCCAAGUGCCAGCCGAACAACGACUUCGUCGUCCUCGGCACAGAGUCCGCCCCAGGAGACGUCCGCAAACGCACGCUGCUGGGCUUCCUCGUCGAGACUCUGAGGCGUGCCGGGAGCUUCCCGAACGGUGCCACAACUGUGCUUACGGUGCCAGAGCACUACCUGGCCUUGCAGCUGUGCGUCGCCCGCGUCAAGCAGGAGACCGGGCCCUUCGACGCCACGGGCGGCGAGGUGCUCUUCAACGACUCGCAGUACCAGCAGCACCUUGCGGCGCCCGACGAAUACCCGGCUUCCGAGUUCGUGCAGAAGUACGUGGAUUUCCUGGCUCACAGCAACACGGCCAACCACUGGCAGGUCCUCGCCAAGUUCAGGGCGAUCGUCGCCUCCGGUGGGGACGUCGGUGCGCGCCUCGCCAGGUGCGUCUUCUUCGUGCACGGGCCGGUGAAGUCCAAGUUCGUUCGAGAGUGCCUGACCGCCCUGUUCGAGGGCCGGCGAGUGCAGCUCUUGACGGCGGAGAUGCCGCUCGACGUGAGCCUGAACGGGGGCUGCAACUUGUCCGACGUCAGCGUGAGCUCGGAAACGCUGCUCGGACCCGUGCCGGAGUCGAGCCCGACGGGGGUCGAAAGUGAGGCGGCGACCGACUCAAUGACGCACGUGGUUCUCGCCUUCCUGCGCGUCCUGGUGAACAGCCGGGACGAAGUGGCACUGGCCACCGCGAUGGCGUCUCCCGCCGUCCGCCUCCCGCACGACGCCUUCACGGAGCUCAAGCGCCUCUCCCUGGAGAGUGGGAUGCCCAUGUGCCAGACGGUCGUGUCGUACGUGCUCAAGGCCCGCCUGGGCGUCCAGGAGUGCGCGCUUACACCCUUCCUCUGCAAGCUGUCCGAGUUCGUCGACGUCCUUCACCGGCUGCAGACAUUCGCCGAGGAAGAGGACGCGACGACGGCCGUCAGGAAAGCCGUGGGACUCCUAGUGUCUCGAGUGCGGAGCGUGGGAGGCCACGAACUCGCCUGGGACCGCGUGCUCGAGCUCAAGGCGGACCUGCUCAGCCUUGCCGAGAGUUUGGAGUUGUCGGGCUGCGAGGCCGACGGGGAGUCGGAGUGGGGGUCCGGAGGGGGUACGCUGCGAGUGCUCAGGAGCAUGGCGGACGUCCUGUCGACGCGGAGGCUCUCCUACAACCCGACGUUCGUGCUGUACAACAUGGACAGUCAGGGGACACCCCUCAACGUGCCGCGGAUGCUCGACUACUUCAAGACGCCCGAGUCUCCGGAGGAAGUGGACGAGUACUGCGAACCACUCUCCAAGCGCAUCUCCAAUAAGCUCGGCGUGGAGUCGAGCUGCCCCCGGCGUGCGCCUGACGAUGCCGUCCCGCCGACGCUGAGAGGGAGCCGGCCCCUGGCUCUGCUCAAUGCAGAGACGAAGAACGCGAGGCUAGCGUCUGGUCACGCAGGUUCCGAGGCGCACCCCAAGAAACUGGCGAGUAAGACCAAGCGGAGCCUCAUGCCGGAAAUCAAUGGUUCGGCCAAGAGGAAAAAAACUACCAAGACCGCAAGUUCCAGGCAGCUGCUUCCCAACCAAAAGACGAUUACGUCGUUCUUCGUGAGGACCUAAGAUUUCAUCAAACCUGAUAUCAUCGUCAACUUACGAGCGGGGGACUACCAGACCAUUCGUCCAUUGUGAAUCUCUUGGCAGACUGAUCUCAUUAUGUACAAAGUCCCACACAAUAUAUAUCUUCAUCACAGACCACAAAAAAGAGAGCAACCCAAAUGAACGCUUUUCUGUUCACCUCAGGGUGAACAGAAAAGCACAUGUAAAGACAAGGACAGAGAGAAGGAACAUGCACAACACACAAGUGCUGACUCGCUACUGAAUUUAUAUACAAAAGGAAAAAGAGGACGUGCUGAAGGUCACGCAGUGCAGGCAGUGAAUGUCACGUCCGACACAACACCAUUUAACUACAAUGUCUUUGCUGCAUAGUCUGAUCUGGAAACAAGGUUUCUGUAUGAAGCAGUGUCAUUGAUGGGUGGCUAAUGCAGCACUCCCCCAAGCUAUUAAUGCGAUGCGCUUCCAAGAUUUCACAAGUCGUCUUGUCUCGAUAAUGUCCAUUUAUUGUUGCGU